UGGCACAACAGCAGGCAACACGGAAAAUCUCCGUAUUUUGUUCGGUAAGCGCCUUGUCAAACUAUGAUAAGAAACAAUUCCACACUCUGUUUCGCUGAGAGAAGUCUCGGCACGUUGAAGAACCCACAGCUUGAAAAACGGUUCACAUAAUCAGGUGGGCUCGGCAUCUGGGCAUGGCGGGGUCUCUUAGCCAUGCAAGGCAAGGCAUAUGAGAUCUUGUUACACUUCUCCGCCCCCCGCAUCAUUGUGGCUAUCUUGACAUUUGCUAUAAGACGGGGAAGAUAUCCCACUAGAGUUUCUCUCCUUGUCGAUCCUUGUUCCCUCUCUGCCAGAAGCUUUCAUUUUCUCCCUACAAAAAUGGCGACUGAAACGACGAACAAUCCUGCUUCAGAUAUGCAACUGAAGCAGGUGAAGAGUCUUGAUGUCGAUGAGAAGGCAGAUGUUGCCUUUGUUGAGGACAUUCCCACUUACGACACACUUCAAACGAAGAGACUGCUCAGGAAAAUCGACUGGCAUCUUAUUCCGUUCUUGUCGCUUCUAUACUUGCUUUCCUUCCUUGAUCGUACAAAUAUCGGAAAUGCCAAGCUCUUUGGUCUCGAGAAGGCCAUCGGGCUGGAGGGAAUGGAGUACAAUACAGCUUUAUCCGUUUUCUUCGUGACCUACGUUCUAUUUGAGGUUCCUUCCAACAUGGUCUUGAAGCGAUGGAGAGCAUCUAUGUGGUUUCCAAUCAUGAUGCUGGCUUGGGGAAUCACGAUGACCCUGACAGGUCUUGUCACGAACUUUCACGGACUUGUCAUUGCUCGUGUCUUCCUUGGUGUUGCUGAAGCUGGUCUCUUUCCCGGUGUCAACUACUACAUCACCCUGUGGUACUGCAGAAGAGAAUGUGCAUUCCGAGCCGCUAUCUUCUUCUCGGCUGCAACCGUCGCUGGUGCAUUCGGAGGCCUCCUCGCUCGCGGAAUCAACGAGAUGGAUGGCGUAGGAGGAAAAGAUGGCUGGGCCUGGAUCUUCAUGCUCGAAGGACUCCUUACCGUUGCUGUUGCUAUUAUCGCUUUCUGGGCUAUGGCCGACAGUCCUGCAACAGCUUCAUUCCUGAACGCCGAGGAGGCAAAGGAGGUGUCACUCCGUCUGGCCCACGACAAUGAUGAUCUUGCGUCCCAUUACCACGUCAAGUUCAUGAAAGAUGCCUUUGCCGACUGGAAGAUCUGGGUUCAUUCUGUGGCAUAUAUUGGAAUCCUCGUACCCCUCUAUUCGUUCUCGCUAUUCUUGCCAUCGAUCAUUCGCGCUAUGGGUUACAGCGAUGCCAUGUCCCAGCUGCUUACAGUUCCUCCCUACGUGCUUGGAUGCAUCUUUACUGUUCUCGGCGGCUUUUACAGUGAUCGAUUGAACAAGCGAGCAGUCUUCCUCGCUGGCUUCUGCUGCUCAGCAAUCAUUGGUUACGUUCUCCUGCUUUCCACAGAUACCCCCGCUGUUCAGUACAUUGGUACAUUUUUGGCUGCAUGUGGAGUAUACCCGAUGAUUCCAAUCAUGGUGAUGUGGAACGGAAACAACAUUGGAGGAUCGACGAAGCGAGGUGCCGGAAUUGCGAUCCAAAUCGCGUUCGGAAACUGCGGUGGUGUCAUUUCAUCAUUCAUCUACAAGAAUACCGAUGCACCAAGAUAUUUCACUGGUCACGGCGUUUGUCUCGGCUUCUUGACCAUGUCAUUCAUCCUCAUUGCUUUCCAAUGGUUCAUCCUCGGAAAGAUCAACAAGCGCAGAGACGAGGAGCAUCCUCACCCCAACGAGUAUACGACCGAGAUGAAGAGAGCUGAGAUGGAUAGUGGAGACAAGGCAAGCUUCUUCAGAUACACCAGAUAGAGGUAGCUGGAUUCGGCAAGGUGGGGGUUUGACCAGGUAUAUCUGAGGACCUGAAUUAAAUAAUAAAUGAAUAAAAUGGACAAUCCCUCAUCCG